AUGGUCCGAGCACGGCUGGGACAGUGCGUGGCCCCUUCGGGAGGUGAGCUGGGCCUGUGUCCCGUUCUCAGCUGGCCAUAAUCCAUCCCCAAAACCCCAGUUUCAUCUGGUACCGGCGAAUCCCGCUCCUGGUAAAAAUGUGUGAUGAGUUUAUCCAGGAGCCUCGGGGCUCGUGCCGGCGUCGGAGCGGUGGGGUGGGGGUUGUGCCAGCGAGCCACGGUCUCUGGGGCUGAAAGGCUGUAAUUAUCCCCAAUUAGAUCGCCUUUCUCGGAGCUGAGCUAUGGAAGCAAAAGGCCCUUUUGGCUCGCUUUGCCCCCCGGCAAGAGCGCGGAUGUGAGCUGCUGCGGGUGAGGAGCCCCAUAAAUGCCACUGGGGUGGCCCAGGCAGGCGCAAGACGGAGGUGACACACAGAGGUGACACACAUAUGGUGGGUAGCUGUGGGGGCUGAUGCUGCUCCUGCGUUUCCCACUUUAUUCCCUCCACAGGGAGAGGGUGGAGUCCCCUUUCUCCGUGCCUCGAUUUCCCCGAUCUUUAAGAAAACCCCUGCCCCCGUUUCCCACAGCGGGCUGCCAGCAGGAGGAGAGCGUGACGCUCCGCGCGGGUCCGUCCGCAUCCCUGGAUGCUGUUUCGGGGUCAGCUCCGUCCCGCUGAGCCUCCCCCCGCCCUUAUCAGCGCUGCCCGCCGCUGUAUGGACCGACUGGCAGAGCUUUGGGCUCGAGGCACCUUGAAAAACCCUCCCGUUCCCCCCCGAAAUGCCCAGCUCCCCGAUCGCCCCCGCGUACCGAUGCCGGCAGAGCCAAGCCAGCUCCGUUCCCAGCUGCCAUCGGAGCCGCCUGGGUGACUCAGCAGCCGUGCUGAAAGCUUCCCUUAUUUAUUUAAACGGCUGCUCCCGCUCGGCUGAGCAUCUCCCGCAGCGAUGCUGCCGCCGGGCCGGCUCCGGCUGCCGCUUGGCGAGGAGGAGAGCGAUACCCGGUACCCUGAACACCCCGCUUCGCUCCGAACGCCAUGGCUUUGACUACCUGGGCUAUCGGCCCCGCGCUGCGGCUCUGUGCCGCCGGCCCUGCCUGCUCCUGGGAGAUGCUGCACGUGGCCGGAGCAGGUGUGUGCGGCUGCUGCGGCGCCCUGCGGCCUCGCUACAAAAGACUCGUCGACAACAUCUUCCCCGAGGACCCAGAGGAUGGGCUGGUGAAGACCAACAUGGAGAAGCUGACAUUUUACGCCCUGUCUGCCCCGGAGAAGCUGGAUCGCAUUGGUGCCUACCUCUCCGAGCGGCUCAUCCGAGAUGUGAGCCGGCACCGAUAUGGGUACGUCUGCAUUGCCAUGGAGGCCCUGGACCAGCUCCUCAUGGCCUGCCACUGCCAGAGCAUUAACCUCUUCGUGGAGAGCUUCCUGAAGAUGGUGGCGAAGCUGCUGGAGUCGGAGAAGCCCAACCUGCAGAUCCUGGGGACCAACUCGUUCGUGAAGUUUGCCAACAUCGAGGAGGACACCCCGUCCUAUCACCGCAGCUACGACUUCUUUGUCUCCCGCUUCAGCGAGAUGUGCCACUCCAGCCACGAUGACCUGGAUAUCCGGACGAAGAUCCGGAUGUCCGGCAUUAAAGGCCUGCAAGGGGUGGUGAGGAAGACGGUGAACGAUGAGCUCCAAGCCAACAUCUGGGACCCACAGCACAUGGACAAAAUCGUGCCCUCGCUGCUCUUCAACUUACAGAACGUGGAGGAGACCGAAAGCCGCUCCCCCUCCCCGCUGCAAGCCGCCGAGAAGGAGAAGGAGAGUCCCACGGAGCUGGCGGAGAGGUGCCUGCGGGAGCUGCUGGGCCGAGCGGCGUACGGCAACAUCAAGAACGCCAUCAAACCCGUCCUCAUCCACCUGGAUAACCACUCGCUCUGGGAGCCGAAGAUCUUUGCCACCUGCUGCUUCAGGAUCAUCAUGUACUCCAUCCAGCCGCAGCAUUCCCAUCUGGUGAUCCAGCAGCUCCUGGGCCACCUGGAUGCCAAUAGCAAGAGCGCGGCCACCGUGCGCGCGGGCAUUGUGGAGGUCCUCUCGGAGGCAGCGGUGAUCGCAGCCUCCGGAUCUGUGGGCCCCACGGUGCUGGAGGUCUUUAACACCCUCCUGAGGCAGCUGCGGCUCAGCAUUGACUACGCGCUGACGGGGAGCUACGACUGCGGCGCCGGCGUCGGCACCAAGAUCAUCAAGGAGCACGAGGAGAGGAUGUUCCAGGAGGCCGUCAUUAAAACCAUAGGGUCCUUCGCCAGCACGCUGCCCACCUACCAGCAGUCUGAGGUGAUGGUCUUCAUCAUGAACAAGGUGCCGCUGCCGUCCUCGCAGCAGUCCAUCGAGGCUGGCAAAGCCGGGGAGAACCGUAAUCGGCUGACACAGAUAAUGCUCCUGAAGUCUCUCCUCCAGGUCUCUGUGGGCUUCCAGUGCAGUAACAUGCUCACGGCACUUCCCAGCGCUUUCCUGGACAGGCUCCUCUCCGCAGCCCUCAUGGAAGACGCUGAGAUCCGCCUCUUUGUCCUCGAGAUCCUCAUCAGCUUCAUCGAUCGCCAUGGGAACCGGCAGAAAUUCUCCACCAUCAGCACCAUCAGCGACAUCUCGGUCCUGAAGCUGAAAGUGGACAAAUGCUCGCGCCAAGAUACUGUCUUCAUGAAGAAGCAUGGUCAGCAGCUCUACCGGCACAUCUACCUGAUAUGCAAGGAGGAGAGCAACGUGCAGGCUCACUACGAGGCACUCUACAGCAUGCUGAUGCUCAUCAGCAUCGAGCUGGCUAACGAGGAGGUCAUGGUGGACCUCAUCCGCCUGGUGCUGGCGGUGCAGGAGAUCGCCCAAAUCAACGAGGAUAACUUGACGGCGUACAACCGCUGCGCGCUCUUCGCCCUCGGUGCAGCUUACCUGAACCUCAUCAGCCAGCUUACCACCGUGCCCACCUUCUGCCAGCACAUCCACGAGGUCAUCCAGAUGCGGCAGAAGGAAGCUCCCUAUCUGCUCCCUGAAGAUGUCUUUGUGGAGAGACCCAGAUUGAGCAAGAGCCUUGACCGCCUCGGCCCAGAGGUCUUCUUCUGGCAGAGCAAGAUCAGCGAGGUUCUGGGCGGCAGCGGCUACAACUCGGACCGACUCAGCACGCCCUACAUCCCCCAGCUGACGGAUGAAGAUCGCUUGUCCAAGAGGAAGAGCAUCGGCGAGACCAUUUCCCUGCAGGUGGAGGUGGAGUCGAGAAACAGUCCCGAGCGAGAGCAGAGAGCACCAGCGGAAGAGAUCACGUACGAGACGCUGAAGAAGGCGAUAGUAGACAGCGUCGCCGUGGAGGAGCAGGAGCGGGAGCGGAGGCGGCAAGUGGUGGAGAAAUUCCAGAAAGCCCCGUUCGAGGAGAUCGCCGCCCACUGCGGCGCCCGGGCGACGCUGCUGCAGAGCAAACUCAACCAGAUCUUCGAGAUCACCAUACGGCCACCACCAAGUCCCUCCGGCACCAUCACGGCUGCCUACGGCCAGCCCCAAAACCACUCCAUCCCGGUGUACGAGAUGAAGUUCCCGGACCUGUGCGUGUACUGAAGGUGGCCGUGGUGACAGGACAGGGCCACCGCUCGCACCGACGGGGAAAGACUACAGACCCUGCGGGGAGAGCAUCCUCGUGCCGGACGGGUGGGGACGCGGACACCGAGGUCACCCCAAGAUUCGUUGGCACCCCAAACCCGUCUCCUGUACUUUAUUUUGUGACUUUCUGCCUCCGCGGCCACCUUUUGCAGCGGUUGGUGGUGCAGGAGGCUUCGGGGCGCAGCGGGAGGUGGGGAGUUGCUGGGACCUCCCUCUCCCGUUUCUUAUUUUGGAGAGGGGAGAGGAGAGAUGCUCCGGCUCUGGGCAGAGCGCGUUGGGCGUGUACGUCUUCCCGGCAUAAAGCAAACCCCUUCCCUGGGGGAAUCCCUCCCCGUGUCGUCUGUCGGCCACGUCCGGAGCCCCUGGCGAGGGGCAGGGCUGAAGCUGGGGGGGGUGUCAAAGGCAGGAGGGGGUCUGGGGCCGGAGCUGGUGCUUGAGGCAGGUCGCUGGAGAGGGUACGGUGCCCACCUCCGGCUCCUGGCCUGUGAGCCUGCAUCUUCCCAUAGCUCCAUCAUCGCGCGGCCAGUUCCCACGGGCGCUUCAAGGUGCCCCCGUGCCCUGGACCGAGGGCUCGCCCAGUGCAGGAUGAGGGUGGGCAUCGUCCCAUCCCAGUAUGGGGCCACACAGCUGCCUGGCUGGUUCCAGGCCACUUGAAAAUACGGUUUGUUUGGGAAAACACACUUUUUGGGGGGGAUGGCGGGGAAACCCACAAAUGCCUCUCGCCUGGGGCGUGAGCAGGCUGGUGCGCCGGGCAGGCGGUGGGACACCCGGAGCAGUGACACGAGGCACGAGCAGCCGCCCUCCUGGGGCAUAUUAACACGUUCACCCACUCUUUGCAUAUUUUUGGGUUGGGUUUUCACAGUUUUGGGGGUUUCCGUCUCAAAGAAAUAAUUAUUCUAUUUAUUUAUUUAUUUUUUCAAAAGCAGAAUCACUUGGGCAAAGUCCAGUCCUACAUCAGCUGAGCCGUAACCACAAAGAAACCCCCGUGCCGCUGGAAAUAGCUGCCGUGAGAGGUGUUUGACGGGGUGCGCCCCGCAGACCCCGCGUCCGGCGGGCCGCGGAUCGCGCCUCCUGCAAUAGGAUAAAACCGGAGCUGGGUUGGGGGCGGCGGGGAGGGGGGAAGAUGGAGCUUUAGAGACGUGUUGGGAAAUCGUGGCUCCUCACGAGGUCGGAAUGGUAGGGAUGGAGAAGAAAGGUCGCCUGGGGGUGUUCGCGGGGUCUUUCUUGCUCCCAAACGCCUUUCGAGCGCGCUACGGCUGUUCGCGAGGCGAGCUUGGGCGCGCUGCGCCAUCAGACGGGCGCUGCCUGAGGGUCCCCGGGGGUAUCUCCUGCAGCCCCUUCCCCCAGGCCGGACACGCUGCUCCCGUCCUUCCCCCGUGAAGAGGCACCGAAGGGUGUAACGCUGGAGACGUGGGAGCUGCUCUUGCACCGGGACAGCAGGGAAAUGCGGCCGCUCGGCGUCGCACCGGCUCCGUGUCCCGCUGCCUUCCUUCAGCCACGACCCGUUUCCCUCGCUGCGGAUCUUCAGGCGGUUAUUUUAAGCUGUAAUUACACAUUACCAUCCCUUUUAUUUUUUUUUUUCCCUUUUUUUUUUUUUUUUUUUUUUUACCCCCUCUCCCCUCGGGUGGCGGAUACAGUUGGCGAUUGCCCCGAGGUCACCGCUUGUUUGCGCGGCCGUGCUGUAAUCCGGGUUUAGGAAAUGAUCUAGCUUAGGAGGACAGGAAAAACAAGGGUUUAUUUCGGUCCCUGGGCUGGAUCACGGCACUGUCCCACUGGCCUGGGGCUCUGCCUGUGCCCGCCCGCUGCCUGAGGCUCUCCCCUUGCUGCUGCCUCUCCUCAGGGUCCCCACGUGUCUCCGUCCCCUGUCCCCAAACCCUUUUUGCUCCCUGGGUUCUGUCGGAGCCCGAGUUUUGGCUGAGGCAGGUUUUGGGAUCGGCAGCGGGAACGCGGAAUGGGCCGCUCGGGGAAGGAGGGGUUGCUCCCGUGGCCGUUCUAAUGAAAAGCACUAAAAAAGCACUAAAAAAUUUAAAAAAAAAAGCAAUUACCCCCCUCCCCCCCUGCCAAAAUUGUGUGUCCGUGGGAAAACGCAUCCAAAACUCUUCAAAACCACAAAGAAGGUGGGAAGAUGAGCACAAGUGUGCGAGGACUUGGGGACCCGCGGGGACACCACACCUCAGGGUGCCCGUCAUCCCUUUUGGGGCAGAAAAUACCCCUGGCCUCCGCUCCCGGGGCCAGCCCCCGCGCCCUCCGGUCCCAAUGCUCCCACGGGACCUGGCAGUGGGACCCGGGCUGUCACCUCCCGGCUGGCCCCGUCCCCCAGCAUGUCUCACCACGGCCCCUCCGCAUUUUGGGACCCAAACCUGUAAAUGUGCCCCCCCCCCGCCCCCGACACACACACAUGGUGUAAGUGACCUGUUUGUACAUCCCGUUUAGUUUAGAUACUCGUGGACGUAGAGACGACAAAGUAUAUUUCUAUAAAGUCGGCGGUUUAGGUGCAUGUGUGCGUUUCCGUCUCUGUAUUUCGGAGCACUGUGGCGUUUGCGUCUGUCGCCGAGGGCAGAGGAGGGGGGAGCGGGUUGUUAAAAAGGGCCAAGAAGCCCCCGGUAUUUUCAAACGCAGCGUCUUGACGCCCUUUUCAAAUAAAUGUUGAUGUUGCCACCUUC